UUAAUAUUUCCAGAAAAUAAUCAUAACAUUUAUUUCAAAACAUUACUGAGGAAAGCCGAAAUAUAUAUUUAUUAACAGUUCAAUCUUUACACGCUGUGAAUGCUGUGAUUUCUUUAUAGUCAAAAUUUUCAUUGAAUCAUUAUAGAUGUUCUUUAUAACACAAUAUAAAGUCACUAAUGAUUUUUUAUAGGAAAAAACUUGUAAUUAGAUUAUUUCCAAUAUCUUCUUUAAUUCGAUUUAAAAGCAAUUAACAUAUAUCAUUUACGAUAUAUUUAUAUUAUUCGUUUUAUAAAGACGAUAAAAACGAUUGGAUGAGAGGGAGGGCGGCAUCGCGUAGUUUGCAUUCAAUACAAAUUUAUCAAUGAAGUCAUGUGUAUGUGAAUGACAUCGGAGCAACGCGCGACGCGACGCGCGACACAAUCCACCUGCCGUCAGCCGUGCAGGACGGUCGGCAGUCGACAAUGACGAACGCGCAACGUCGUUUACGUCGUAGUCGUGGUACGCGACUCGACCCGUCGCGAUUGGCUGGCCGUUCUGCGCACGUUGCUCGUGCUGCCGACGACUCGUGACGUCAGGGCAUCGUCGGCCAAUGCUGCCUCGCGGAUCCGCAGUGUUGGCCGUGCGCGCGUGCGGGACGCGAUAGUGUGUGCGUGCGCGUGUGUGGCUGUCUGUGUGCUCGGUGGGUUCGAGGUUCGAGGAGCCACGCGGAAACGCGAGGACGACCGACGAUCGACGACGGACGGACGGAGCACGGAGCACGGAGCACGGAGCUAGCAUCUCGGUCGCGCGGCGACGACGACGCGUCGCGAAACGCGAGAAACGGCAUCAGACGGUCAGGCGCGAUAUGUCGAUCGAAAUUUACGUCUGAGAGGUAUCUCGUCGCGACUCGCGCGUGCUACGCGUACUUGGUGGAAUCAGCGGGCCGAGCGGGCGGGGAGGGGGGAAACCGUGGACCGUGAAUAAGGGCAAGAGGCGGAGGAGAAGGAGGAGGCAAAUGCGUCUGGCCGCGGCGCGACACACACACGCGGACGCGACGGCCGCGACGGGAGCGACGGAGAUCGCGGGGGUGUGGGAGAGAGCGCGAGCGAGAACGAGGGAGAGUAGAUAUAGCGUGGAGUAUACUACCGCGCCGCACCUGACAGUCCACGCGGCCCGGCCCCCGAAAAACAAUCUCGCCACGCUAUAUACACGCGAGGACCGCGCCGUGUUUCACUCGGAACGCGAGCGCCAUUGGCAAUGUCGGGAAGUGACAGCCCAACAUUCUUUCACGGCCAGCCCUGGUCCAGCUGGAUCGAAAGAAUCGGACGGGACAAGCCGCUGAGUGAUGAAGAAACAGAAGUCCAGCCAUCAAGUUCAGUCACACGUCUUUCUUCAGAUGAUAUUGAUUUAUAUGGCUUUUGUCCAGAGAGGGAUGAUUUCUAUGGAGUAGUGUGUGAAAUAUGCGAUGCCAUAGUGAAACCACAAGCUCUCAUUCAACAUAUGGAGUGUCGCCAUCCUUCCGGCAUGGCAAAUUUCCCGCCUCCUGCGACUCCAAUCGCAAAACCGUCCGUAAAAACUCCCUUCUGCAAGGUCUCCAAACUGAAAAGAAGCACCCAACCAUCAGCUCCUUCUUCAGUUUCUUCUGCAAUUCCAAUUGUUGGCGGCGCGAAGCUGAACCACACGACCGUCAAGCGUACUGCGGAUCAGACGAACUUGUCUGCAGGUGGCUCGCUGCCGAUCUCCUCGUCACCUCGAUCGCCUCUCGAGUCGAUCACGGUGCAAACUACCUCUCCUAACGUGGCCGGUUCUUCGAAUAUUAUUAGCGCGCCGACAAGCAGCGGAGGCAGUCCGAGCAAAAGCCCUGGUCCCAGCAGUAGCAGUAGCGGCAGCCAGCCUCGUCGGAAGAGACUUAAAGCGGAUCGUUCGUUGCUCAAAGACCGCGAGUACGAUCCCGACCGGCACUGUGGCGUAUGGAACGAGGAGACCGGCAAGCCCUGCACCAGGUCGCUCACAUGCAAAGCGCACACUGUCUCGCUGCGCCGAACGGUCGUCGGUCGCAGCAAGACCUUCGACAAGCUCCUCGCGGAACAUCGUGCCGCGAAGGAGCAGCCGAAUAGCGGCGGUAGCCGGCAGACGACGAAGGUGACGGUCUCCGGCACCGUCACCGUGUCCUCGGCCGUUACCGCCGCCGCUGCCGCCGUAUCCAACCUAAAUAAUCCCCUUGCUCCCAACACUCCGGUAUCCAUUGCCGACACGGAAACGCCAAGCUCACCACCCGUAUUGUCGUUACCGGACACGUAUCCACUGCCAAAGGCUGUUGAUUUGCUUUAUCGGUGUCUGGCCCCGCAUGGCUCCACUAAACCUACCAAACUCGAGGAGGACUUUGUCAAUUCGGAGGAGCUGCGGAAUCUGGAGUCCACGCUGGUGGUCAAUUCUACCGUCGCUGGCAGCAGUAGUAGUAACAGCAGCAGCGGCUCGUCGCAACAGCAAUCAAAUUCGAUGAUGGCACCGAUAUCCGUGAUGCUGCCGUCACUGUCCCCGUUACCGGGUGCCAACAGCGAGGAGUCGCCAGGAGUAGCUACUUUGAUACCAAGCACUACCACGACACCCACAAUGCCAGUCGUACCGGCACCACUGCCAGCCACUUGCGUACAACCACCCACGGUGGUCGCCACGGUGCUCGAAGGCGAGACUCCGGUGGACAUCGAUGCCGAGACCAUGUCCAUGUACUCGCCUGUUUACACCACCAAAGAUACCAAGUCCCAACUAGUGAUGCAGAUACAGUCGCGGCCAAAUAGCCAUUCGUCACAGUCACCCAUCUCGGUCAGGAGCUAUCAGCAGAUGCAAGCUUCCAUGCCGAGUCUGAAUCUGUUCGAACCGGUGGAGCAGCUGGAGCAACAGCAUGCCAGUCAAAUCAACGGCAAGAGACUGAACCAUGCGAGCUCGGCGUCGCGGCAGCAGAAAAGGCACAAGUCGCAGCAUGAACACGUGUUGUAUCAAUCGUCGCAGGAUUUUCCGACGUCUGCGUCGAUCCAGGUCGAAGCAACGACCACGUCGUCGCCGUAUCCUCACUUUGGCGAUAUCUCCUGGUCGAAUUGUCAUCCGGAGCCGUUAGCGGUUAGCCGGUGGCUCCGCAUCUCGUCCAGCCGCAAACAAUACAACUUUAAUAUUCACUGACACAAGACCCCACCCACUCCGGGCUGAGGACCGUGUGUCGCGGGCGUCGUUUGUCUACCUCCUUAUCUUCACGAGACCCCCUUUUUCUUCACCGUCGCCCACGUCAUCAUCCUAAUCAUCGCCGUCACAAUCGAUGUUGCGUAUACAGCCCGUCGAGGGGGGAAGACUCUUGUUUCCGCCAUCAUCACAAUGUGAUUAAUUCGCGCAACGAGUAUCAAUCGCGAUGUAUCACAGAUCGCCCUGGAUGACACUCCCGUCGAACCUUCAAUGCGUGAUAUCAUCUUUCGUAAUAUCGCGCAGCACGAAGUUUUCAGACCCGGAUCACGAGUACGCUGAUUGUCGUGAAGCAUCGAGGAAGAAUUCUCGAUCGACGGCUCAUGAUGAUCGCGUAUCUGGACGUGUACCUGAAUUCGUGAAACUCCAUAAAAAGAAAGAACGGGUUGAUGUCCCAUUUCCGUUUAUUCGCUGAAUUUAUAAUGUAGAAUAGAUGCGAAGAGAUCAAGAGCUAAACAGAUACGAGAACGAUUGAGAGCAUUGAGCAUGUCUUGAUAACAACGAAUGAAUGAAUGAAUGCAUAACAACGUUGCGAUACCAUAAAAUUUCUGCACAGAAACUUCACGGUCUACUAUUGGGUGAGUUAUUAUACAUCUCGUGACGCAGAACAUUCCUUCAGUCCUGUUUUCUUAACAACACGUGUCACGACUCUCUCGCAGUGAUUACGGAGACAAAUUCUUUAUUAGAUGAUUUCGAAGUGCUUUUCAAGGUAAGAAUUUGCGUUUUCUAUCAAGAAUAUUUAUGUUAUAAAUCGAAUGACAUUGCGAUUUAAUUGUAAAAUCUUUCACUAGAUCUUUCUACUAAAAGCAUAAUGAUGGACGUAUGUUUAAUACAUCCCAAUUCAUUUGUAAUUUCGUAAUCAUAGUCGGAAUUGAAAUUGUUAAGCAUAUUACGAAUUAUUUUAAAAAAUCUAAUUGUGCUGGGUUUUUUAAAGAUUCAAUAUGUUUUUUGAAAGAGAGAAACAUGACUUAUGGAAUAUCCUUUAUAAUUUUUACAUUUUGAAAUUUCAUUUGUACGUAUUGCUUCCUUAUUAUAAAUUAUUGCCAAGUUCUAAGAGCUUUAAUUGAAUGAAAAACUGAUAUAACUGCACAUACAUUUUUACUGAACGGUAAAGUUAUAAGUACGCAAUUAUUUUCACAGUACAGAAUAUAUAUCGUGCAUUUUUUAUUGAAUUGUGCAUAAAUUUUGUAAAUAGAUCGCAAAUUAUUAUAUCUGUCCCAUAUUGUACAUAGAAAGGCGUUUAGUAUCCUCUAAACACAUAGUCUUUGCAUAGGAGAAAGAACUUUGACUUAUAUUUCUCCAUAAUAUAAAUAGAUUGUACAUAUGAUUGUGCAAUCACGAUUGCACAUAUAUUGUAUAUACAUAUAUAUACAUAUAUAUAUUUUUUAUCGAUCACGAUCUCUUAUCCCUUUUGCAUAAAUGUAUACUCCGAGAAUACGAGGCGCCAUUAUUUAACGUUAUACCUGCUUUUUUUCUUUUUUACCGUUUUUGCCAUAAGGAUAUAAUAGAAAUUGUAGCUCCGAGUGAUUUAUUUUUCAACUUGGUUUCAUUCUACGUUAUAUUGAAUUUCACGGCGAGACGAGACCAGUUUGUAAUGUAAAUACAUAACAGGGACAAAUUGAAUAUAAUCGUUGUCAAAUAAAUUGCGUUUCGAUAUACAUAAAUUGAAGAGGCCAAUGGAUGAAAAUUUGAAAUUUCUAUCGAGCUUGAAUUGGCAUAUGCGAUAAAUUUCAGAAAUGACAAUUUAUCUUUAAGUGGAACUCUUUCGUAAAAAGACAUAAUAAAUUUACUUCAUCUAUUUGCUCUUCAAUAAUAGCGAAUUUGUAUUCAUCUCCGCUUACCAGUAAAAGUCCUCGUAAAUCUACGCGAACGACUGUGUGGCACGAUCGAUUAUUGCACUGAUUAAAGCGCUGAUAAAGUGCUAGGUCCUUACUCUUCCUUAUCCUUGUAGGAUAUGAAAUGAACAAAAUGUUUUGAUAUAUGUGACUAAAUAUUAUAAUGUAGCUGUGUUACUGUUUAAUUAUUAUAUAAUUAUUAGAUUAUGACGCGUACUCAACUUAUGACAUAAACGAAUUAAUAUAUAUUAUAGAGAUAAAAUUUUUCGAAAAUUCCUUUUCUAAGACUUUCUACUCAGGCCUGCGCUUUGUUUUUAGCGCUUCGUUUAUAGAACGAUUGAUCGAUCGCUCCGAAUAAAUCGUAGACGUAUCACGUAGGUUUGCACGCGGACCCAAACAGACAGAUUAGUGAGCUACUCAAUCCCGCUGUAUUCACCCAAGACGAUUAUUUAUUUUUGUACGUACUCGUUGAUUUGCAUCUCUGCGCACUGCAAUUUUCCGACGGGUGAUGAACGCGCGGGUAACUAGCGAUGCGGCAAGACGCAUAUACGCGGAUUUCUUAUCAUAGAUUGUGAUAUUUAACUAUUAAUGAUUAGUAGGAUAAUUGUAGAUGUGUCUCUAUGUGUUCGGCGGCAAGAACGUAGCGCGUUCUAUUAUUUUCCUGAUGGCAGACGGCACGUCUUGCGCGUGUAAGAGGCGCCUUUUGUGCCACCUUCCAUCGAUUUCGCCUUGUCAAGAAAAAAAAUUACUAAUCCUGCGGAGACAAUCUGCAUUGUUCCGCUUAGUUGUUGCUCGCGUAUUAAUAAAUGAAUUCCUUUAUUGGUGAGCGUAGUGAAAAAUUGAAAGAUUAUAAAAAUUAGACAAAUUUACGAUAAUUAUUUGGAAAACGGCAAGAGGAAUAUGGAGAAUAUGUGUGUGUAUGGAGAAUAUGUGUGUUACGUUAUGUACGAAUGUAAACAAGCGCUGAAUAUCGUUACCGCGCAGUAUAAAGCGAUGCUUCACAUCAUCGCCACUGAUCCUCUCGGCUACCUGAAAUCGUGAUAACUUGUACAUAAAUCGUGUAAGCAGAUAAAUACCCGCGUACCUACGGAUAUCAAUUAGCCGCAUAGUUGCAUAAGGACGUAUUACAUAUGAUGUAUAUGCAUCUGUGUGAAUAUUGCAAAGGGGGGGAAGGAAGAAUCCGCUGGAAUUCUCGCAAGCAUUGGAAUUCUCGAAACUCUAAUUGCUUCACGGGCGUCUCACCUACGUAACUUGGCGCGUAUAAUGCCGCAUUUCAUAUUAGAUGUAGUCCUUCCUGAUCUGUAGCGUCAUUUACUUGACAUAAGAAUCGUGGGAACGAUGAAAAUUGCGCGCAACGUUUAGCACUGAAUGCGAUUCCUUAAUUCUGAGCCUCAGUCGCUCGAUGUCAACGUAAGACGAGAAACAGGCAGCUACAGUUAGCCCAAUAUGCGAAAUAACACGAGUCAACGAAAUGUCGCGGACGGCUAAGUCCAUACGCGAAACGAUAUACAGUUCCCUGUUUUCCUGAAAGCCACCUGUAUGUACCACAGUUAGUGUUCAUUGCUCGGCGCGUAACGGUCGUGUCAACGGAUUGCGAGCGGUCUCGAGAAACGAUGCGAUUCCGAUAGACGAAUGAUCGUUAAAGAACUUGCUCUUUAGCUAACAAUGACUUAAUGACUGGAGGAGCCACGGAUUUUCCGCGUUAUUGUCCAAGCUCCCAUACAGCAAUAAUAGGCGAUCCAUAAUCGAUUUAUUAGCAAUAAUAAUAAAAAAUUUCGUUAACUGUAACGUGUUAUUAUAAAAAAGCAUAUUUGUUUCCAAAAGCUUACGCUCUUGCAAUCGUCGGCAAUGCAUAGACAAUGUCGAUUGGUGCUGGCAUGUCUCUGUACUGCUGAUGUAAAAAAAGAGGAUUGAAAGGGAUUCAUAGAAAUUUAUUUUACAAAAUUUAAAUAAAGAAUUUGAAUUGUGAAUUGAUUAAAAAAUAUUAGAUCUUUUUUUCACACAUCCACUUUAACAACUGUAAUCAGAGUUAAGACAUAUUGAAAACAUUCUUCUACAUAUACUAUAUUAUACUGGCAAUAUAGAAACGAAUAAAAGAAAAUACAAUUUUAAUCUAAUCUUGAACUCGAAAUGGAUUCCUAUGAAUUCCUUUUAAUUAAUUUAUUUUUUUAUAGAGGCAAACCGCAUUAGGGUGACUGAAACCGCUUUGUUACAUACCUAAGAAAGUUUCAUUUAGUCCUAAAAGAGGGAAAGAAAACAAAGGAGAGAGAAACGAGAGAAGCGACAAUUGUAUUUUUCUUCGACUCGACUCCCCCUUGCUUCGUUAGUGCGCGCGGCACGAAACGAUUAGUAUUUUAAUUAAUUGUAACGAAUCCGCGUGAAACUGUGGUGCGGUGGAUUAAUACAUAGUAGAUUGAUAAAUUGAUAAAGACUGAAUAUAUCGAUGAGAUCGGAAGGACUCAUCCGGCAAAUUUGAUUGCUGAUGACUUUUAGCGAAUUUUUUAAAUAUAUUUUUUCCUCAAAUAGCGCGUAUAAAACAUUCACUUAAUUUCCGACAUAUCGGUAUUAUAUGUUGCUUUAUUAUGUUGUUGAAACGUGUGCACGUUACCGUUUAGAACGACGGAUAGUCGAUCUAUUUCUCUUUAGCACUGUAAUUUCACGUGGAGGAAUUAAAAAAAAGGGACACUCUGACUUCAGGUUUAUCAUAAAGCAAGAUAUUUUGUGGCAUUUAAUUUAAAUAUAUGUUUUAUAUUUAUUUGUAAAUUGUUUUUUUUAUUUGUCCAUUUGUACCUUACACCCAUUCGUCGAUUUAUUAUAUUAUCUUUUUUUCUAGUUAUACGCAUGUACUAGUAGAUAGAGAAACUUUUCAUGUAAGGAUUAGAGAUAUGUCGCGAAGAAGGCUCGUACAAAAUCUGCAUACAUUAUGCGUACUGUCGCUUAUUAUCACAUAUCAUUGUAUGGGUAUAUGGUAAUGGGAAUAUUUUUUAAUAAACGGAUUACUUUUAUUAUUAUAGUUAGGAAAAAUUGAGGAAAAACUUUUAUUACUCCAUUUACUCAUCAUGGUCGAAGUUAUGUAAAUGGACGGAAAGCCUGUAGACUGAACAAGAAAACAUAAUUCGUAUUUGGUUAUUACACGGGCUAUACCAUGUUGUGCAUGUGUAAUGGCAUCCAUGUCAAAUGAUAAUGAGAGGUCCCAUGUCCCACUACUUAUCAUUUACCAGAUGAUCUGAGAGGUGGCGAUCGAAUAAAAACAGACGAAAUUUUUAAUCGGAUUUGAACUCGGCUCAUUAUAGACCAGUGCACAUCUCGCUGCAUCACGAUCGCCACCCAUUUAUGUACAAUAUUAUGACGCAAUAUUCCGAUUAUGUCGUAUUAUCUAUGUGCUGUAACAAUUAUUCGAUAAUUAACGCGGCAUGUAUAAUUAACAAAUAUUUGAAAUUGUAUAUCAUGUGAUUUCGUAAUUUCACUGUCUGUUGACGUGUAAAUUUUAUUAAUAUCGCUCAUUACGAAUUAAAAGUAUCGGUGGUAUUCAUAUGAUGUCAAAACUUUAUUAUACGUCAUUAAAAAAAUCUUUUCAUUAAAAUUCUCAUC